AUGUUCUCUGUGAAGCCUCAGUACCACUCUGUUGCUGGCAAGGGCACUACUGUGCAGGAUAUUACGCCUGAGCUCCUAGCUAGGGAGUUGAACAGUUGGUGUGACAAACAUCCUGACAAGAGUAUCUUACCGCAAAUCCUACUUUCGCGUGUCUGUGAGGCUUUGGCGCAUCUUGAGACGGUUGUAUCUAAGCAUCCUUUAACGGAUGAUGCGGCAAAGUAUCUGUAUAGGCUCCUUAGGGAGGAAAUUGAUCUGGCGUGGAAGGCCAAUCGUAGCAACACACGCUUCGUUGAGUGGUGCAGCACCAUCAACAACAUGAUCACAAACACGGCAAAGGCGGUUCAGAUGGAUGUUUGGAAGUCGGUCUUGUCUGGCGGACCUCCGGCGGACUUGGAGCAUGUAGCUCCGCCGGAUCGGGCUUGGUUGGGUCCGGAUCAGUGGUGGGCUGGAUACGUUGCGUACAUGACGAAGGAGGAAGGCCUCGUCAUCAUCAAGUAUCCUACGCGCCUCAACAUUGUCGCUCAUUUUGAGGCUCUCGACAACCCUGAGCCGUCCACAAGCCCCAACGAGGACGAGCCUCCAUCUGAUACGCGUGCCAGCCGCAACAGGAAGGGCAAGGGCCGCGCUGCGCCAUCUCAACGUCCCCGCGGAGGUUCCACCUCCGCCGGACCUGCGACCUCCGCCGGACCUGCACCUCCGCCGCCCAGGCGCGCCAAAGUCAAGCCCGGGCACGGUAACAAGGCUCUCAUUGCCCGUCCAAAGACUAGGGCUACGCGGCGUACGACUGACGAGUCCGACGACGCGCAUGAACGCGCCGACAGCGACUCAUCCUACCACGAUUCUGACGACGCACCGCGCACAUCCGCACCCAAGCAACCCGCGCCCAAUCCCCGCUCUCGCAGCCGCCUUCCAGCCGAGAUUACUGAGGCAGAAGUACCCGCAAACCAGUCCACCCCCUUUGGCGUACCGUCUGUCAUCAAGAGCGACACGUUGAACUUCAAGACUCUGCGUGAAGAGCUGUAUGCUCGCGGUGAAGACGGCCUGCUCAAUCCCUCGAACGUCUGGAGCUUCCCGGAGAUGCACGGGAUUGAUUCUAAGCGUGACAGACUCCUAAAGCAUAAGUGCAGGCACUGCAGCUCGUCAGGCUUCUCAUGCAUCUGGCGAGGUCACAAAACAUGCUGGGAGUGCUUCGUUUCGCACCUGCGCUGCAAGGAUGGCAGUCCUCCGGCCGUUCCUGAGGGCAAGAGACCGUCGAUGUAUCACCCCAAGGUCGACGUGCGGAUCAACUUCGUCAAGAUGCUUCUUGCGGCCGGGUACAUAACAUACGGGCAGCGCUGGCUGUGGUUUAAUGAGAAGUAUCACGUCUGGGGUACGAAGGAGCAGCCUACGGUUCCGCAGGCUGAGCAGUUUGCUGCGAUCGAUCCUGACAAUCCGAACGCCAUUGCUCUUGAUGUUGACGACGAUGAGAAUGUCCUCCCACCUUCGGAUCCAGAGAAUGCCGUCCAGCUGGCGGUAGAUGCGGUCAUGGGCGAGGGAAGUGAGUCUCUGCCUGACGCUGAUGACAGCUCGCGCAAGCGUCGUCGCAACUCAUCUGGCGCGACACCAGCUUCAGCAUCCACGCAAGGCCGUCCAGUGAAGAGUGCGCGCACUGCAACUUCAUCCCAAGCCAAUGCACCACCGCGCGCUGCGUCCACGUCUCGCAUAUUCGUCAAUGCGCCAGGUCCGCAUGACCAUCGCAGCCGCACCGUUCAGCCUGGUGGUUUUCCGCCGCGCGCGGAUCCUACUCCAGCAUUGGACGUGCCCGUGGGAGACGGACUGCUAUCGCAGUUUAUUCAGUCGCAGCGCGAGAUGUUGGAUGGGCAGCGCAGCAUGCAGGGCUCGGUUCAGGUUCUGAUUAGCAGCCUUCAGGCAAUGCUAGGCCAGAACCGUGUCGAUGCGGCUGUCCAGACAGUGGAGACUGCUGAGGUUGAACCCGGAUCUCCGGCGGGGAUGCGAUCCCCGGCGGGGAUGCCAUCUCCUGCGGGGAUGCAAUCUCCGCCGGGCUCUGCUCAUCUCCGCGUGCCUUCCUUACCUCCGGCGGGUAUGACUCGCUCUUCAAGGUCCUCUCCAGCUCUCACUGGGCUGCCACGCUCAGCAACUUCGUCUCCCGGACCCUCAGGACUUCCACGCUCACCGACAUCAUCGCGUCAGCCGUCUGAGCCGCGCACAGAGAGCUCAAAAGCCCCCGCUAUCUCUUCUGGCACUGCCAAGGACGACCAUCCGAUGCAAGAGGUCGCUUUUCCUGCUCAUGAAGACGAUCUUGCACUUCCGCCCGACCCAGCUCCUGUCUUACCGCCUGCACCACUCGUUGACAACACUGUCACACUUCCGCCGGACGCUGGGAAUGUGGAGGGAUCUGUCAAGCCGAGCUCGCAUGCAGAGCCUGAGAUGAGCGAGGGCGAUGACGCCAUGUUCCAGUUCAUCAACCCGGACGCUCUGGCCGACGUCACCAUGGAUGAGAUGCCUCUUCCAGGUGAGCAUGAUGGGGUUGCGGAUGGAGAAGGUCAGGCGGAGAGCCGUGCAGAGGAUGCUGGCAAUGCAGGGAUUGCGUCCGAUGCUGUCCAUGGAAAUGCGGCUGACGAUCUUGCUCUCCCUUGA